CUCACAUGCUGUACAACACAGAGAGUCAACAGGCUGUUGGGGCGCAGACGGAACAUCACUACGACUGGAUACCAAAAACACAGCAGCGGCUCAGACACUGUGGACACUCAGACGAGCUUCUUUUCCUCAUGAAAGGCCUUUUUGGAAACAUACUUUUUGUUGCGGUUAACACAGAUUUUUACCGGCUUGGGAUGUGACUUCCAGUGUAGUGACUUUGCGCCCAGGCGGAGCACUGUUUCCCCGGACACAUUUUGUCUUGUGUUCGCUCACAUUUCAAAGGCGAACUUGCUACUUUUCGAGGGGCGACAGGUUCGUCACAUUUACAUGACAUUGUAACACUUGUUGCUCCGUCACCUCUCGACCAUGGCGGAAGCGGCCCAGCAGCCACACCUGGUGGAAAUCGACCCGGAUUUUGAGCCCCUGUCGCGGCCCCGGUCGUGCACUUGGCCCUUGCCCCGGCCGGAGUUCAUCAACCCGGGCGACUCCAACACGUCCUCGCCCGUGCCGUCUGUGAAGCAGGAGCCCGCCGGCAAUGCCGACUUCAUCAACAACCUUAGCCUGCUGGAGGAGACCGAGGACUUCACGGAGCAGAAGCCUGUCAUCCUGUGCACUGAUUUCCAGUGUCAGGAGAACUGCGUCCACCAGCAACCUCCACAGCAGCAGCAGCAGCAGCAACAUCAGCAGCAACAUCAGCAGCAACAUCAGCAGCAGCACCCGAACCCGCAACUCCCGCAUCAUCACCAUCACCAUCAGCAGCAGCACACAGCUGAAAUUACCAGCACUCUCAGCGGUCAUGGGAAAGAGAGGCUCAUGACCAGACUUUACUCCUCGCCUUUUGUCAUAGCUACCGAUGUGCAGGAGGAAGGGGUGGAGGGGGUGGAGGGGGAGGGGGAGGGCCCCCAAGUGCCCAAGAGCCCGAGGUCCUCCAGUGAGGAGAGGAGAGAGAACUCCAUUAGACACAACCUGUCGCUGCACAGCCGCUUUGUUCGCGUCCAGAAUGAGGGGACGGGAAAGAGCUCGUGGUGGAUGCUAAACCCAGAGGGCGGGAAGAGCGGCAAGUCGCCGCGACGUAGGGCAGCCUCCAUGGACAACAAUAGCAAGCUCACCAAGAGCAGAGGAAGAGCAGCUAAGAAAAAGCUGUCCCUGCAGGGCGGCCCUGACGGAGGUGCAGACAGCCCUGGCUCCUACUCCAAGUGGCCUGGAAGCCCCAACUCCCACAGCAACGACGACUUUGAUGCAUGGAACAGCUUCAGGCCUCGGACCAGCUCCAACGCUAGCACUCUGAGUGGCCGCCUCUCACCCUUCAUGCCAGAGGACGACCUUGGGGAGGCAGACGUGCAUAUGGGCUACCCAGGAGCCCCCGGGGCCAAGAUGACGGCCACGCUACCCAGUCUCACAGAGAUGACGGGCUCUUUGGGACACAGCUCUGAGAAUGUCAUGGAAAACCUUCUGGACAACCUGAACUUGCUCUCGCCCAACAACUCUCAGGUUGGAGGAGGGGCGACGACCCCUGGCUCCUCCCAGUCCUCCCCCUCUCCUAUGAUGCAGCCGAGCCCUGGGUACCCCACGUACAGCUCCCCCAGCAUGGUGUCGCAGCCUCAGCAGGAGUACCGCAAGUGUGUGUAUGGCCAAGCGGGAAUGAACACACUGUCGUCCAUGGCGCUGCAGACACUGCCAGAGAGUAAGCCCAGCUUCGGGCCCACUAUGGGCCAGUAUAGCUGUCCUGCGGGGCUUCUGAAGGAGCUGCUGACCACAGAUACAGACCAGCACGGAGAUCUAAUGCCGUCAGUGGACACUGUGGUGUCUCAGUCGAGCGGAGGCUGCAUGCUGCCGCCGUACAGCAGCAGCCAGCAUGCAGCCAAACUAAUGGGAGGAGGUAACGGCCACCCUCACGGUCUCUCUCACACUCACCCCCACAAUGUGCACAGCCAAGCCCCAGCCUCGUCACCAGCUAUGAAUGGCCACUUGCUCAUGCCCCUGAGCCACAGCGGGGGCACCGCGCGUUUCCCUACAACCAAAAGCCCUAUGCAGAUGCCUUAUGGCAUCUCCAGCCACCUCAGCGGGGGAGGCAUGUCUGGUGGCUUCUGCCCUCUCAACACCAACGGAUACGGCCGACCGGGCCUGCCACAGCCCUCGCACCCCGAGAAGCUGCCCAGCGACCUGGAUGACAUGUCCAUCGAGAAGUUUGAGUUUGACAUGGAGACGGUUCUCCAUGACACUCUGAUGGACGGAGACUCUCUGGAUUUCAACUUUGAGCCAAUGGUGACCCAACAAGGUUUCCCCCACGGAGUGAAGACCACCACACACAGCUGGGUGUCAGGGUAGAAACUGUAGGGUGAAAAAUGUUCAGUUCAAAUGACUGCUGUUGCUGUUUGGUAAAAGACACAAUCAGAACUCAUUUGAGACAAAAAGUGUAUCCUCAUCACAUCUUCACCUGCAGUUUCUGUACCAUCAACAUUUCUGUUUCAAAAACACUUUUCAGGUCACUUCAGGAGACUGAAACUGGUCAUGAUCUGCUGAGAAUGCAUCUCCAUUAGUUUCCUAGAACUGGUGAAGUUGAAAUCAGAAUUAUUUUUGAAAUAUCAAAUAUUCUGUACAAACUAAGUGCCAAACAUUUUGCCUUAAUGUAAGAGCCAAACUGAAACACACCUCUCUGGUUUACUCAUAAAGGUUACAGAUAGCAACAGCACAAUCUGUAGAAGUGCUCUAACUCAUACCAUGCUGUUUACUGGGUUUCCACAAUCAAACGUUUUGUAUGUACAGUGUGGUGAUAAUUGGUUACCACUACAGAAGAAUUAUGAAGGUAAUCUGGCUCAUGGGUUUGUGGACUGACAUGACGUAAAGUGAGAGACUUCUCAAGGGAUCCUCGGAUGAUGUUACAUAAUGUCUCACUUUGUUAUUGCCUGAAUGUACAUAAUGUCAUCAUACAGUUUGUAAAAUCAGGUCUCGUAGUGUAUUUUCUAAGACUGUAAAUAGUGUUUACAGAGCGGAAGCAAAAAAAGGCAGCAGAAAUGAGCUAACAGAGAAAACUGGAUCAGAUUCUUUUAAACACAUGUCGAGUGGUCAGAUCUGUGCUUGAGGAUUCUUCUAAGUCAGGCUGUAAAAUGGAAAUACACUUUCAGAUUUCUUGUACAUACGUUAAGAAUGUAUAUCAAAAUGAUGUAGUAGAUGUUUACUAGAUUUAGUAUAUAUUUGAGACCUAAAUUAUUUGUGGUUAAUAUAGAUUUAUGCUGGUGCAUAACCUGCACUCAGACAUCAUAAUUGUUCUGAGUCAUUCGUCACUCUGAACCUUAAUACCACAGGGGCCUAUUUAUUGUGCCUAACAAAGUAGAUAUCAACUGCAGGCUUGAAGGGUUUUGUACUGUAAAUGUCUACGGUCCAGAAGAUACUCAAAUCCAGCAGUCUUGAAGAAAAGUACAGUGAAUUCUUUAUUUUCAGUUCCCGGCUUUCACUUUUUUUUUAGAAGUCAAGAAGAAAUGAGUGAAUGGAUUGUUAUUGUCAAGGUUUCCCGAUAGCUUUGCAGCGCUGUGAAUGUUAAGAGGUCAAGGCAGGUUUGUUUGAUAAAAGAUAUUCUCAGUGCUACUGUUGUUUUUUUACACCAAGGCUGAGUGUAAGACCUUGUCAUUAAAGACACUGUGAGUAACCAGCCUGUCCCCUGUUCAGUUUCAGAAUUCGUUUCAUUUUCUUUGUCGUAAAAGGUUAGUAUUAUUGGUCUAAUUUAGUACAAUAUGAUUCCUUUUUGUCCAAAAGAGCCCUCUGAUGCUGUCAAUAGGAUCAGCUUUACUGCUUUUAAUGAGACUCCACUUUUACUCUGCCCCUCCUACCUCUACCUAUCUCUAUGUCUUUUUAAACAUUUGAUAUAACGGUAACACAUUACUUGAUAGCUCCAAUCAUCUUUAAAUAACAAGUCUAUUUUCAUUAUUUUUUAAUGUUGCCCUUGAACAGCGCCACUAAGUGUUAAGUAUCUUAUCUAGCUUGUAUAUUUGCAUUUUCUGACUUGCUUUUCCCACUUAUUGCUGUACUAACAAUAAUGAGCUUGUCAGCCUGUCAGUGACUUAUUAUGCAGUCACAAAUAGUGUACAAGGUUGUUGCUACCUUUGUGAAGAUGGUGUCUGUAAACAUGACUGCUUCUCAUGAAGUUGACUGGUUCGGUGGCUUAUAGCCUAAAACGGAAACUGCCUAUUCGACAUUAUUGUUUAUUGUAUGAUUUAUCCAGACACCACAUAUGUCAGUGGGUGUCUGAUCAUGUGCUCUCAAGGGCUCUGGGUAUGCAGGUUUUUAUUUAAGUCGUUCUACUAUUGAGUUCACCUCCAGCCGGAGGGGGAAGCUCUGUAAUUAGUUCUGGUGUUUGCUUGAAACGAAAACCUGCAUACUCCAGACCAGUAAUGGCACACGAUCUGACACCGCUGACAUAGAUUUUAAGAAAGCCAGGGAGCGCGGCAGGUAAAUGAAAUUCUUAACAUUUCAAAAGGCCCUGUAGAGAAGCUGUUAAAGAAGCUGCUGUUUGGCUUUGGUGCCAGGUGUUGCCUUUUCUUACCCAACAUGCCAUAGUGUACUAUAGCCAAAUUUGCCUUUUGAAGUUAAAGUGAUAUAUUAAGCAUUUUUAUCAUGUGAUAUGUUCAGAAUUAUAUAUAUUUGUGCCGGUCACUCAAGUCAGGAUAAACUGUAAUGAAUCCAUGUAGUCAGUGUCACAGGGUUCACUCUAAAAGUAAAAGAGCUGUACUAAGUAAAUUAUAUCUCUACAUUUUUAAAUGAUUGAAUCUAUGCAUUGUAUUCCUUAAUUUUAUGUUGCUAUUGUUAUAUUUUCUUUUUCUUUGAACUUAUGACAGAGAUAUUUUAUUGUAACAUAGCGCUGUGAGAUAUUAUGGUAUUGUUGUUGUCAAAACUCAAUGUUCCAGAUAGUUAUAUGGGAAAAAAAUGAAGUUUAUUUAGAAAAUAGAUGAUGCAGUGAUUAAUAUGCUAAGCUUUUGUAAACUGACAAUGUUGUAUUUCUUGUAUUUAGCUACAGUUUUUAGAAAAUAGCAUCAAAAAGCAAAUUACUGAAAAAAAGUAAAGAUAUAUUGCAUUUUUAAAAUGAGAAACACAAUAUUUAGUCCGUCAGUCCUGCUCAGAAUGCAGAUUCUGGACCAAUUUUUGUAAUUUUAUGAGUAGAAAGAUAUUGCACUUUUACUUACAUUUUAUAACAAAGUGCUCCUCAUAACAAGAGGAAGAGUUCCCAUUACAUAUUUUAAAAUAAAAAUCUGUUACAUUUAACUUAUAUACAGAAAUAAAUUGGACUUGUGCUGUGUGAUUUGCAAUCAAUUAGAAUAUGUAACUGUUCAAUAUUAAUGUACUAAGACCUGAAUAAAUGUACUUCUGUGUUAAA